AAAACAGUGGGCAGUGUCGUCCCACUUUCUUGAGGACGCGGACCGUGUCAGUCAAAACCAAAUAAUCUGGUGCGCAGCAGCAGAGGCUCAAUGCAGAUUUAUUUCCUCGCGUGUAUCGCCUAUAAAAAGGAGCUGGAGAGUUUGACACCAGACUUUCACAAUCAUUUCCCUGAGGAAAGGAGUCGGGGAUAAAACAACACGAAAAGGCUUUGGACUUGAGUUGCAGCUGCCGAGAGAAAACAAGACGUCCAUGCAGCAAUGUUGCCAUAACACCUGGGAAGCCCGUUAAGAGAUCAGAUCUACCUACAUUGGUUCCGAAUCAUGUGUGUGCGUGAGCGUGACCAGCACCACCAGUGAGGGACACUCAUGGCCCACCGCGUGCACGACCACCAAAGCCGCCUGCCAGUAGCCCAGGCCACGGUACUGACCCUGCCUCCUUCCAGCCAAGCUAAGGACCUGAGGCCCACCUGGACGGCGCUGGACUCCCUGCUGUGCGGGGCGUUCGCCGGAGCCGUCGCCAAAACCGUCAUCGCGCCCCUGGAUCGCACUAAGAUCAUCUUUCAAGUGUCCUCAAAGAGGUUCUCGGCUAAGGAAGCAUUCAGGCUCAUCUAUUGCUCGUACGUGAAAGAUGGGCUGCUCAGCCUGUGGAGGGGCAACUCGGCCACCAUGGUGAGGGUCAUGCCAUACGCUGCUAUCCAGUUCUCCUCCCACGAACAGUACAAAAAGGUGCUCGGGGGCCACUACGGCUGUCAGGGAAAAGCUCUUCCACCAUUCCCGCGCUUCCUGGCCGGCUCAAUGGCUGGGACCACCGCUGCCAUGCUGACAUACCCGUUGGACAUGGUCCGGGCCCGCAUGGCCGUUACGGCCAAAGAAAUGUACUGCAAUAUCAUGCACGUCUUUGUGCGCAUUUCCCAAGAGGAAGGUUUUAAAACCCUCUACAGAGGCUUUACCCCUACAAUUCUGGGUGUCAUCCCCUACGCCGGCAUCACAUUCUUCACUUAUGAGACCCUCAAGAAACUUCACACAGAAAAGACAAAACGAGCUCAGCCGUACACCGUGGAGCGCUUGGCUUUCGGCGCGUGCGCGGGUCUGAUCGGACAGUCGGCAUCGUACCCUCUGGACGUGGUCCGUCGGCGCAUGCAGACGGCCGGCGUCACCGGCUCCGCCUACAACACUAUUUUGGGCACCAUGCGCGAAAUUGUGCGCCACGAGGGCGUCGUGCGCGGACUCUACAAAGGCCUGAGCAUGAACUGGCUCAAGGGGCCCGUCGCCGUGGGCAUCAGCUUCACCACCUUCGAUAUCACGCACAGCCUGCUCCUCAAAGUGCACCAGAUGGGCUUCUUCACCCACUGACUGGCACAGUUUGGACCAAUGGAGUUCAAAAGCAGACU